AUGGUCUCCGAUAUCUUAGAUCAUUUUUGCACUGCAGUCAGCCACAUUCAGGUCAAGCAGCAGAGUGCCGGCCGCAAAGACAAAGCUUAUCCUAUUCUCGAUAACAACUGUGAAACGACCGGGCUGUUGCCAGUCCAGUCACGUCAGCGAAAGAAGCACGUACACAAGAAAAGACAGCUGCCAAAGCGCCGCCUACGUCUUUUGUCCUGGUUCUCUUCAUUUACCACAACCGAAGUGAUGGCCACUACUAUCCAGUUCGAUGUGCUUGCGCACUUCAUUCGAGUUGCGAAGAGUGUCGAGUUCACGCCGAAAACAUCCGGAAAGGGAAGCUCGGGUGUGAGCACCAGAGCUGGAGAACAGAUCUGGAUGUCCUUCAACGCGGCAGAGAUGGGAGACGGGAGCAGAAAGAGGCAAAGUUCCGUGUACGUAAAACGAGGCGCGAACUACGAGAAGGUCACCCUCGGCCACAUCGACUAUGACACUGUGGUCGUCGAGGUCCAUGACGAGCAGCGCAGGGUAUUUGGCAAACAUACGAGGCCGUUCACUCCUCGUAGUCUUCCUGAGUUUGUCCUUCCUGUGUGGCUUAGCCAAGGGUGGGUUCCCGGGAAGGCGAGUGAGGUCAGAGCCAGAAGACACGGCGCACAGCCCGACCUGCAUCACACACGCGACAGCAGAGUUUCGAAGACGACCCCCAGAAAACAACUGCGAAACAACAGACUCGAUCUGUCGUUCAAAAAUGACCUGGAUCUCAUCGAAAGGUUCAAGAACAAUACGCUGUUUCCAGACGACGAUUACGAGGAUCUGCAAGCUGCCAUCCAGGUGACCGAGUCUAUCCAGCAACAACCACCCAUAAGUCUGCUUAGGGCCUUAAAGACUUGGUCGCAAAGGUCUGGGAGGCAGCCGUUCGAGGGUGUGGCGUACAUGAAGUGGAGAGCAGCACAGAAGCCCUUGGAGAACGUUGAAGACCGUGAGGAAGAGGCUGGAGAGCGAAAGGAAGAGGAUAGAGAGUGUAAGGAGGAUGGUGGAGAGCGCAGGGAAGAUGAUGGAGAGCGCAACGAAGAGAUUGGAGAGCGUGAGUCCGAGCGAGAAUUUAGACUGGAGGAUGUUACAAUUGAGGACUGGAGGAGGAUCUGGGAGAAAGAGUACCGGAUUCAGACGGGUCGAGAUGUGACCAACGGAGGCUCAGUCGCGUCGGCUAGGCUGGGGAGCUAGGUUCAGCCAAUCCCUCGGUUAGUAUCCAAAGACUUGCGGCGGAAGAUGACCUAUGGGAGGCCGCUUGAGGCGGGACGGGCGGAGUUUAGGCAGGUCAUGUUUCGGGCACGUACGCAAG